UACAGCCCAGACAGCGUGGCUGGAGCAGACGGAGACGUCGACCCCACCGAAAUCACCUUUCCAGGAUGUUCUUGUCUUACCAGCUCCUGCGUGGUUGACACGUGCUCGUGUCUUUGCCGCGGUGAGAACUACAAGGGUUGGUGCCUCAGGCCGACAGAGGAAGAGGAAGAGGAGUACGCCAGGCCCGUGUUUGAGUGCAACGCCCUGUGCCGGUGCGGUGAAAACUGUCAGAACAGGGUUGUUCAGAGGGGUUUGCAACUCAGGCUUGAGGUGUUCAAGACUGAGAAGAAAGGGUGGGGUCUUCGCACUCUGGAGUUCAUCGCUAAAGGAAGAUUUGUCUGUGAAUAUGCCGGUGAGGUUUUAGGCUUGGACGAGGCACGUAGAAGAACUCAGGCCCAGACAUCACAGGAUUCCAACUAUAUCAUAGCGGUGAGGGAGCACCUCCAUGACGGACGGGUCAUGGAGACGUUCGUGGACCCUACGUACAUCGGUAACGUGGGCAGAUUCCUUAAUCAUUCGUGUGAACCAAAUUUGUUCAUGGUGCCAGUUCGAGUUGACUCAAUGGUGCCUAAGCUGGCAGUUUUUGCAGCUACUGACAUUUCUGCUGGAGAGGAACUUUCAUUUGAUUAUUCUGGAAGAUUCCAUAAUUUAUCAAUAAGCAACAGAGAACAAAAAUCUUCAGAGGGGGAUAACAGAUUGAGAAAACCUUGCUACUGUGGGUCCCGCAUGUGUGCUUCCUUCUUACCCUGGGACAGCUCCCUCUUUUCCACACCAGACACUUGUUCAGGGAGCUCUCCAUAA